GGUUCAUCGUGUAAAAAAACGUGUAUCUUUUGGAAGUGUCCGUGAUGGCGUUAAAAGGGGAAUAUAAAGUCUUUAUGCCAUAUUAGUCCUCAUUUAAUCGUUGAUAAUGUGAUAAUUUGCGUGGUUCUCACAUCCUCAGAGAGAAUGCACAGAUAAUGCAGGGUUAUUGUGGUCUGCAGUUGAAGCCAAGAGUUUUUUUUUCCUCACCGGUUUGAUCGAGUCAGCCAGUUUUAUCAGAUCACAGUUUUAUCAGAUCAAUGAGAUGCCACCAGCUUGACUUUUCUGUUCUGAAGAGACGAUCGUACUCGGCGAAGAAAAGGCGACGAAGAGACGAGAUGAUGAUGAUGCCUGGGAAGCUGUUCUUCCACCUGAAGCUCCUGUUCUGCAUGGUGGUCGUGGCCACCGAAGGCAAGAAGAAGAAAGUCAAGAAGAACGUCAACAUGUGCGAGAUAGAGGAGGCCCAGGUUAUCUUCUGCUACUGCGACAUCCUCGAAAUUGAUAAGGCGGAGGAAGGCAACUGCUGGAUCUUCAACGACACCUCCGAACACGAGGACAUCUGGGACAGCUUCGCCUCGCAGACGAAGAUCAAGAGGCUGACGCUUCACCUGCGCCCUGACGGCUCCCUGAAGGUCAUCCCAUCGGAGGUCAUCGGCUACCUGUCCUCCUUGGAGUUCUUCGAGGUCCAGUACGCGACGUUCGGAACGGUGAGUGCCUUCAGCUUCGGCAACUCGACCACCCUGUCGAAGAUCUCCCUGGCGAGGAACUCCAUCAAGACUUUGGCUCGGAACGCCUUCGCCCACCUGACGUCCCUCACCUUCCUGUCCCUGGGCGAGAAUCACAUCACGGAGGUCAACCGCCACGUUUUCGUGAACCUCCCCAAUCUGACGGAGCUCUACAUGGACAGGAACAACAUUACGAUACUCCAUGACAGGGCUUUCCAGAACCUCCACGGGUUGACCAAUCUCGCCUUGUUCUCCAAUCAGAUUCAGGUCAUCACGCCAGACACCUUCAGAGGCCUCAUAUCCCUGGACACUCUGGACCUGAGCAAGAACCGCCUGGAAGUCAUCGGCAACAACACCUUCGAGGAACUCCGCUCCCUUCGGACUCUCGACCUUCAGGAGACGCUCAAGUACAUCGCGCCGAACGGUUUCCAGGGGCUCAACAACUUGCUGAAACUCAAUCUGCAGGACAACAAACUAUUGAAAAUCGGGUCGGAGGUGUUCAAACGGGCCCCGAAAGUCGUACACCUGGACAUCCGUGCCAACGUGCUCAGCACCCUGGCCUACGAGACUGUGGAGCCCAUCUUCAGUAACCUCAAGAAUCACACGAUGAUGUUCUUCUUGGAAGACAAUAACUUUCGAUGCGACACCCGGCUCAGUUGGAUGUUUGUGUUGCACAACACCACCAGCAGCUCUUCAGUGAGGCGCAACCUUGAAUCCCUGUUUUGUUACCUGGAGGUUGGUACACUUCCUCCAAGACUUGACGGCCAGACUGUCACGCCUGCCUACGACACCACCACUCUGGGUAUCGGCCCAAUGACAAAGCUUUUUGAUCUACAUGAACAAGAGUUACCCAUGCCAGUGUCAUGGAUGCAGACGAUUGACCCUGACUGUGAAGAAGAACAUCUGAGGCAUGGAGCCAGCACUAACAAAGAAUCUGGAAGAAACAAAGCACAGAAUGACAUGGCUCCAGUACAGGACAUGGUGCAGGCAGUAUUAUGGUCAUUACAGUCACUGAUCCUAUUUUCUAAGCUUUGGUUCUAAAUCAAGAAAUUGCUACAGCAUGUGUCAGCAAUCAGUACGAGGCUUGAGUUUGCGGUGAACCGUAAUUAAAACAGCACACAAUCCAAAAAGAGAAAUAUUAAUAAAAAUUGAUAAUUAAGUAGCAUAUUUAGUUUUAUUGUAAAUAAAUACAGAAACUUCAAAGGUACAAUGAGAGGUAAAGAUUGCAUCUUAGUUUUGUAUUGUAUUGUAUUGUCACUAGUCAAAAGGUAAUGUACAAUAGGCUAUUCUUGUUUGGUAACUGAAACAGAGAGCCCUUUGGUUCUCAUGUUGUUAAUUCCAGGAAAGAGAUAUUUUUCAUUAUAUCUGUACUUCAUGAAAUAUUUUCUUAUCUCCGCAGUUGAAAUUUUAAAAUUAAAAGUAUAUAUGUAUAUGCUUUGGGAGAUCAUUAUCUACAAAUAAUGACAUAUGUACAUGAAUCCAAAAGGAUGCAGUCCUUUUAGGAAGGACAAAAAACUUGUCCUAUUAAUUGUUGAGGUUGUAAAAGUCUUUGAAGCUUACAUGAGAUUAUGUAAUUUCAUAGUAUGCAAUUUCUGAUUAGGAAGACUUAAUUUUAUGGUUGAUUUUGGAUGUAAACAAAAAUUCCAUAAAUCUUUCUUGAUAUUCAAAGCAGAACAUUUCUACAAAGUCACAGCUGUAGUUAAUUAGCUUUACUGCACUCUGAAACUUGCAAGUAAGUUGGUUAUAUAUUGUAAAUAAUUGUGUACUGUAUGAGAGAGGUAAUAGUAAUGAUGUCUCCCUGUAAAUCUGGAAUGCUGAUUACAGUACAAUUAUAUUUUCAUAAUCAAAUCUUUGUGAGCAACUCAGAGGCAAUAUCAUUUCCUUUAGUCAGAGUUCCAAUAAUUUUUUAAAGAUUAUACACUAUUGAAUUAUUUUUAACAAAUUCAAAGGUAACACAUGUGGAUGUUUUUAAUUUUAUCUAACAUGCAUGUAUGGUAAAUGCUCAAUUAUCUUCACUAACAUUCAAUUUCUUCAUGAUGAUACAAGUAUCAUUAAGUGGUUAUUACUAGUAAAUAAUAAUGGAAAAAUAUGAGAAAUGCAGCCAGACAGUAUAAGUAGUUGUUUAGCCUGGUCAUAUGUCUUGCUUACCAUGUAAUUUAAAGAUGCAGUAUAAGAUGUCCUAUACAGUACUUAAAAAAUUAUUUCUCAGUACUCUGCCCAGAAAAUUUUGACAUACACAGUUUUUUAAACAGUAUAUUAGCCAUAUUCCCAUUUUAUAACAGGUUUAUAUGAUUUUGGAGACAGGGUUUGACUUUGUAAUAUUAAAACAUGCAUGACUCAUGAUAUUGAUAUAUUUAUAUUAACCACAAUAAAGCUCAAGCUGUUCUGGUUUACUCCUUAUAAGAUUUUUAGUAAAUUUGAUCUAAUUUAGGUUCAUGAAAAAUUCUAAGUAAUCUGCAACUGCCCUACAGUGUCAAUUUGUUGUGUGUUUUGUUUAUAUACUAUUGUGUUCUAUGUCUUUUCAUUUCUUGUGCAGGAAUAUUUUGUACAAAUAUUGUGGUGCUUAAUGCUUUGUUUCUAAACACUGUGAAAGAAAAAUAUUGCUUUACGCCUCAAACCAGGUGACUUUAUUCAUCAAUUUGAAAGAUCAUGAAUGGUAAGAAAAACAAGCCAAACUAGGCUCUUUUUUUUCUUCUUCUUCUUUUUUUACUGAAAAAAUAAUAUGGUUAUUUUGAUGUUGUUUUACAUUUAUAUUUAAGUUGAUACCAUACAUGGUUUCUCAAUGUAGCGUAGCAUUUAUACUUGCUGUAACAAUUGAACGACAUAUGUUACUAAUCAUAUAUUAUUGUAACCCUGGUAACAUUACUGCUGCUGUUUACACAAGGCCUUGGCUGUUAAUGGACAGCAGACCCCCCAAAAAAAUCAUGGCAGUAACAGUUUUGGUUUUCAUUAGAAAUCUUCAGCAACUAUUUUAAAAUUUUAUAAUAAUAGUUUUCUUGAAAGGUACGACUUGCACUAAGAAGGUAAAUCAUACAAGUCAUUUUUUCAGAUUUUACUACAAAAUUUCACGCAUUUUAAAUAAAUACUGUAGUAAAUAAAUAAGCAUAAAAUUUUUUUUUUACACUUUUUCUUGAAUUUUACAGGUUGAUAAAACUUCAUUUUCUUAAAGGAUAAUAAGGCAUGACAAAAUCUAAGCACACACUGUGAUUAGCAAUGCUAUAUAUGACAGUAUAUUUAUAUUAUAUAUAUAAAAAAUUAUGCUCAAACCCUUUUCAUUAUACAAAAUAUUAAAAUUUUAAUUGUAAAAUCUUUGGCUCCAUAAGUGGAGCAGGGUAUUUUUGACAUACAUCAGAGUGCUUCUAGUUAGCCAGAUACAUUUAUAAAUGAAAAAAAAAGGGGCUGUUCUAGGCAGAACAAGCACACAAAUAAGCUGUCAAUACUAAUUUGGGCAGAUCAUCAUUUUCUACUUUCAUAAAUGUAGAGCUAAAAAUUGCUGUGUCUGUGGGACUAAUACUGGACAUAUGAGUUUUUCUUCAGCCUCUUGUUACUUCAUUGUAUAUCAUUAUCAUAAUAACAUGAAUGUUGUAACUCAACAAGCACCAGGCAAGGAGUUACCACCCCACAAUGUACCUUGCAUGGUGCCUUGUAGGCAGUACUAUAGGCUGUUUGAAAUAUCCCUUUAGCCCCAGCUGCACUGCAUUUUGUCUUUUUCCACUAAUUACAUAAGAAAACAAGUGAAAUGGUGUUUUUAAAGUAGCAGUCUUUGUCCUUGCCUAAUGCAGCAAAUUGCUUUUCAACCAUCACCAUGUAGUAGUCAAAGUGUGCCAAUAAGAAGGUUUGGGAAGCUUGACCAAUUUCUUUUCACAUAGUAUUUAAAUUGUUUUAAAUCCUGUGUAUUUGAAACAAAUUGUUGCUUACAAAAACAUCUGAUACUACCUAGGCUGUUUUCUUUUCUCAGUGGUGAUCACACUGUUGUGGAACUGCAUUUUAGUAAAUAGCAUAUCUAUGGAUUAUUUUUUGUAUAAUUCGUAUUAUUGUGAUGGCAUCACUAUCUAAUAACAUGCUACUAUGUUAGGCUUUUCAUUCUGAAUUAUAUGUUUAUAAGUUGUUAGUAGGAACAGACUUUUGUGAUGACACAGGUCAUAUCUCUGUUAAGGCACAUACCCAGGAUUAUGGGCUUUAUACACACAUUCUCAUAAUGAAGUGCUCCUGCUGCUGCUUGACAAGGACGUCAAGGAAGGAGAGCCAAGGAUCAUGGCUGUAUCAAGUUAUAAAGACAGCUGUGGGUGUGGGUAGUGUCUCAGGUGUGCUAUCUCUUCUUCAUUGCUGACAUUGAAAAAGGUGUCAUUGCAAUGGAUGCACAUCAGCAACUUUUCUGUGUCUGUGAAUACUUUCUGCUCUACAGUUCAUAAUGCAGAAAUUAGCAAAGGAACUCCGAUGGGAUAACCAAUUGCUACAUUAUCUUUUUAAAUGUACGUAUGGCCCCUGUUAGCUGAUGUAAGGGCCUUCUUAGUGAGUAUCUAUAGGAGAGCACAGAGGGCAUGCUCAAGAAUGUUUAAGGGCUGAUUACUUGAAUUGUCUUCAACUAAUACAUUAGUGAAGUGGGAUUCCAUAUCCAAUGGAGGGUGUUAGUUUAAGGGUUUCCGAGAGCUACAGAAGACUCCAGGCUGUGGUCACCAGGAACAUAAGAGGUCAGGAUGGUAUUCAGCCUCUUAAUGAGCUGGUAAUUAGGAGAGAGGAUCUAGAUGAUAAUGGGGUAUAAAGGGUUGCCUUGCCUGUCUUCACAUUCUCAUAUAUGUAGCCAAUGCCAUGGUUGCCUACAGUUGCUAGCAAGUGAAGUGUGUUGGAGGCAGCAUUGACUGUUUCAAUGACCCUGUUGGCUCACACUUGAUGUCAUGUGUUGGGUUCUUAGUCUUACACUGAAACUUAUCUAAUUUCUCAUCCAGCUUUUGGUGAUAUUCCUCAAUCGGUGAUGUUAUCUUGUACUCUCAUAGUUCCAUGGGUGUUUCCUUCAGUUGGUUGAUGAUGUUGCUUCAGUAUUUCUCAUGUUCAGUAAGGGCCUGAGCCAGGUUAAGAGUAUCUUAGUUUUGCCAGACCACUGAGCUGAUAAACAGCUCUCCUAGGGCUGGCCCGAAGGAUUAGAUAUUUUUUGACAUAGCUAAGAACCAAUUGGUUACUUAGCAACAGGACCUACAGCUUAUUGUGGGAUCCGAAACUUAUAUCGAGAAAUGAAUUUCUGAUCACCAGAAAUGAAUGCCCUUAAUUCCACCAUGGUAGUCACAGGAAGCAAACAUGGGGCUAACAGAUUGGUAGUUGAGUACAAAACCCACUCGUCCUGUGAGGAACUGGGUCUGAGCCAGGACGAGGGUUUAGAGGGCAUCAGUUGUGUGCAGGGUGCCUUGAUCUUCAUACUUGUGGGUAAUUUCUAAAAAAGUUUUGUAUUUCAAGGCAUUUUUCCAAGGGCCUAAGUUGGGUGGCAAAGUGGCAGUUGAGGCCAACUUUUAAGUAAGUUUUGUUCCUGCUCAAGGUCAGUGUAUGACAGUGAGAUGAUAAUACUCUUCCCUCUUCUGAGGGAGCUGCAAUUUUCCUUCCCUUACAUUCAGUACCACAUAACUUUUCAGCAUUUUCUUAUCCAUGUGACAAACAUUUACUUCAGCAUGGCAGUGUCAUCCUUGGAGAGGAUUGCCAUUGCUGUUGGCUGCUUCAUUCUCUUCUACAUUGAGAGCUGACCAGUGUUCAAACUCUUUUUGCAAGAAAUAAAGUAGUAGCGAAUGCAUAGCAUUUUUUUUAUUCUGUGUAGAACACAGUAGGAAGUGAAAUACAGGAAUGAUCAGUAGAGUUCAUCCUCAGAUGGUUAAUGCCAUAUUAAUUUUGAUGUUAUAGUUAAGGUAGAGUACAGUUAUUUUCAGUUUUUCCAGUCACUCUUGUUUCAACCAACUAGGUGGAUAUUAUCAAGACAAGUGAGAUGAUUCUGAAGGCAAGGAGAAUGUGAUGUAGGUGUAAAUAGGGGCAAGAUGAUUUCUCAUUGGUUAACAGUAGAUUAGUGUGCUCAUGUUGUCUUUACCACUGCAUUGAUGGUUGCACCCGUCUUUCUAUGCGAGCACUGGAGAAUGGGAGGGAAGGGAGUGAUGUACUUGGAGGAUUGCUCCAAGUAGAUGGAAGCUCCUAUUUUCUCAUCAUGCACAGGAAUGCUGGCAGGAGAAAGAGUGUCUCCUGUGUAGUAUGAAGGCUGGGCUUCUUCCCACUGUGUGGGGCUUUGAGGAGGCAUAGGCAGUGAUGGUCAUUUAUGUAGUAUGUGUUUUCAAUAAUGUCACUUCUUUCUCCCUUGGUAUUAUGAGCAAUCUUAGCAUGAUAGUAUUUGGCACCUUACAGAUCAUGGAAAGAAAUUCUGUUGGAGAAGUGCAUGGUGGUCAUACUGAAGUAGUCACCACUGUUCUGGACAUCUUCCAGAAGCUUGAACUGGCAUGGAAAGUCAGAGACCCUCUUAUCUUUGAUUUUGGAGGAAGUCAAGAUGUCAGAGAUCCCUCAAUACAAAGUACAUAACCCUCCUAAUAAAUUCCACUAGAAGAUGAAGCAUCUAGUGAUAAAGCAUGAUCAAGUGGAAAAUGGAGACCUGGCCAAGAGACACCACCAUUCUUUUGGUUUUUGUGAUGUUUCCCGAUGAUCUGGUCCUUCAAAAAGCAAUAAACUCACUUCAUAACCCAUAAUUGGCAGUUCACCAAUGCCCAUUUCCUAAGGUUAUAGGCCCAACACUAAUUUUUGCCAAAGGAGACCAGUCACAGAAGAUGCCUAAGUUAACAGUGAUGAGGGGGAGACAACCUUGGGUGAUCUCAUCUCAGCAGCCAGUGUUUACAGUAUUCCCUGUAGAAAAAGCAAACACUGGAAGGACUCCUGUUGGAAUAGUCAAGAGCUCAAGUCUUUUGUUAUCAUACUCCUGUGAUACCUUUAGGUAGAAGAGGAAUGAUACCAGUCCUGUGUGGCUGUCUGCAGACAAACAGUUACAGGCUCAAACACCUACUACGCACCUGACAAAUAUUCAGGCACCACUGCCACUGGACUGAGGAUAGAGCCUGUGGUUAUCUUUAGAUAGCCAGGGUGCGCCAGAAGAAUUCAAGUGCAAAUGUUACCUGGACUGGUUGUCAGACAGCAGGUAUUCAAGCCCAGGGUUGCUUGCUUGUGAACAGUCACAUCAUGACACAGGACUGGUAUCAGAACAAGACUUAAGUGUCCUUGAAAUAGUGAUCUGGCUAGUUACUAUCACAUCCUGUUAUGGAAGCUAAUAACUCAAUAAUUAAAGUAUGUUGCUUUAAGUGAUUACUUAUGUGGGACAUUGCAGCUACUGUCCUUAUAGUUAUGGUUUAAAUAUAAAAAAUAAUCAAUUAACAGAGAUGAAAUAGAAAUUAGGGCAAAAGGGUGAAACAAGACAACGUAAAAAUUAACACUGAAAGAAAUGAUGAAAACAAGAACUUUUGACAAUCCUGCAAUAAGGAACAGUUUGGCACUUAAGCUCUGCCCUUAACAGCUCUACAAAUGCAUAAAAAAUGAGGCAGGUAAUUAAUACCUGAGACUUUAGGUGGUGCACAUAUCUUGCUACUACUGUUCUUUUAUCUUAUAAUAAAGACCAUGUAUGUGAUGGGGUUGUGAUGAAGCAAAUAUAUCACAUCUAAUUUCAAAUCCCAGAAAAUAGGCUAAGCUAUGUAAUAAACAAUGAAUAACAACAGGCAUAUUGCUGAAUGACCUUUGCAGGUCCCAGCGCUUGGGCUAUGCCCUAAAUCCCAUAAUCAAUCAAUCAUAUUGCUGAGUGCUGAUGCUGAAGGAACUGAUGUGUAACAAAAGCACUACAUGAAAAUAUAUAUACAUUAUAUAAGUACAGUGUAUUAAAUUAUGAAUGCUUAUACUAAAGACAAAAUCAUUGCUGUUAUAGCAAAUAAUUAUUGUAUUACUAAUCACGACAUAUCCGAUUAUCCUGAGAUUCAUGAAUUUAAAAAGCUCUCAAGACUCAUAAUGUAUAAGGAUAAUACUUUCCCUUGAAAAAAAAAUACUGGUCAAUAACCAUCUUAUAACUCAAAGAAGUACUUCCGAUGAAUGUGUAUUGCUUACAGCACUAAAUUAUGCCAAUGCACAAAACAAGUGAACAAAUAGAAAAUAAAUAAUUACGGAAUAAUGUUGCAGUGUGAAGAAAUGUUACAACAAAAGUCUUGAGACAUCUUGACAUAUGAAAAUGCUUUCUAUAUGCAAUACUUUUGGAAUUAUAAGUGACAAACAAAAAUAUAAAUAAGAUACUGAAAAUGUUGAAUCUUUAAAUCAGUUUAUACAAUGAACUUUUAUACAAUGUUUGUAAAGAAAGUCAUAACAUCACAACAGAAGAGAUUACUACAUGACCUUGUGAUUUAGGAAUUGAAAACAAGACCUGAAUAGCUCUUAGUAUGAAAAAUAUUUUCAAUAGGAACCACGACUGUGACUGUAACAUGACUGGUGUUGUGUGGGAGACUGUAGAUUUAGUAUCUCAGCUAUGAAGACAAUCGAGUGUUACAUGCCUACCAUUCAUCUAUUAAUAUAAUAUAACUGGUGUGUUUUAUGGACACAAAUAUAUUAUUGUAAGAAAAAAAAAGUAACAACUUGCAUGGUAAAAAUUGUUUGUAUGUAAAGUGCGAUAAAAAAAUAAAAGCUACUUACAUAAAUUACCAUUGCCAUGUAUAUAUGUAAUAAAUAUACAAUUUUCUAUUACUAUGUAAUUUUUAAAAUAAUUAAACAAUGACCAAUUCUUGUAUUCUGAUAGUCAAUAAGCAACAGCAAAGAAUAAAAUAAUUACAUCAUCACAAAUAGGCCCAACACCCGUUAUCAUUUUUAUAUGCUUUACAGAGUUAGUUUGUAACUUUCCUGCAAUAAUUUACUUCCAUUUUUUUACAUAUGAAUUUUAGUUGUAAGUUAUUUUAAGUUACCUUGAACAAGCCACACUUGCUGAAAAAUUUUCCAUUGUUGACUACUUGUGGAUCAAGGCCAAAAAAAUUGAUGAUAAUUGAGCUAUUACUGUAUAUACAAACCAUAGUUUAAAGGCAAAGGUUAAAAUAUGAUGGAUACAGUAUUUUAAUAUACAAAAAUCUUUGUUUGUACAUUUUAUACAUAAAAACAAAAAUUAGAUGAAAUGACAGUUGUUAGACUCAGGUAUAUCAUAUUCUCUGACUUGAAAUAUAAUAUGUAAGAAAAAUACUAUGCUUCUAUGAUAAUCAAAUAGAUAAUAGUACUGAAUAAUCUGUUUAUUAAGUUACCUAUGAACUAUUUCAUCAUAAUGUAAAUUUUUAUUUCUUAUUUUAAUAGAUACAUUAUAAAGCAUUGAAUUUGUAUUAAUGGCAAGGAAAAUUUCCAGCUAUCACAUAGGGUCUCUUAAAUAAAAAUGAACC